CUCCUAAUAUGGCUGACAGACAACUAAAUACAAUAUAUAAUACAUUAUUUGAAUGAGUAGUGAACUAACACUUUCAAGAUAUGAGACAUUGACACCAAAAAUAUAAAACAUAAAUAAUAGACAUUUUUUUGUAAAUCAUAUGGUAAUGAUGAUAAUGAUGAUGAUGAAGAUGAUGAUGACUAUGACCAUGACCUACCUUAACAAUGACCAUCACCAUCGAUACUAGAAGGAUCAUCAUCAUCAGCAACAGCAGCAGCCAUCAUGUGUCCAUUACCAUCGAUGACCACCAUCGACACCACAACGAUGAUGAUGAUGAUGUUGACCAUCACUUUAGAGGACAAUUGAUUUGAUAAAUCAAUUAAGUCACCAAUUAAGUUGAUCCCCCCAUAAAGAUCAUCGAUAUAUACAGUAUAUAUAGCAUCAAAACCAUUGUUGUUGUUGUUGUUGUUGUCUUGAGAUAUAUAUACGAUAAUUAAUUUGAUCCAACAUUUGGAUGGCAACAACAACUACUACUACUACCACUACCAUCACUAUGUGUUGUCUAUCGAUAGUGUGAUUUGAAGACAUUAACCAUUGAUUAUAUAUCAUAUGUUAAAAAUCUCUUGGAGUUGAAAGUGAUUUGUUGUCGUCAUCGUUGUUGUUGUUGGUGUUGAAGUCGGUCUAUCUCAUCGUGCAAUGCCAUUGUCUCGGACCAGAUCACUCAUCAGCAAUAUUAAUGGCGUAAACUCGAUGUCCAAUUCUGAAUCGUUUUUGCCACAGAUUUCCGAUAAGAAUCAAACAGCGAUUUUGCCGCCGAUCAGCAAAACGCUAACGUUUGACGCUUUUAGGACUACUAAUAAUACUACUAAUACCAUCAUCGAUGGUCAAGAGUUGCAUGGAGUAAUUGAAGACAAUAAUGGUCUACUUAAUGGACACCAUCAUAAUCAUCAUCAUCAACAACAUCAACAUCAAAACGGACACAAUUUGAUGCACAACAAUACCAGUCAACAGAUGGCCAAUCAUUCGGCCGAUGUUAGUCCGACGUCAGGUUCCCAGUCCACUGACGAAAUGGACAAAAGUUCGACAACAGUUACCAGCAAUGGUGGAGGAGGUGGUGGUGGCGGAGGAUUGAAAACGAAACCAUUGGUGGUAACGCCGAAUCAGGUGAUGAAAUUGUAUGCAUUCAAGUUGACGCCGUACGAACACCAGGAAGUGUUCAGCUAUUCACACAUCUACUUCAUCGGUGCCAACGCCAAGAAACGACAGGGUGUUAUCGGCGGACCGAAUAAUUGCGGCUACGAUGACGAACACGGCUCGUAUUUGCACGUACCGCACGACCACAUUGUCUACCGAUACGAAAUGUUAAAGAUUAUCGGCAAAGGUAGCUUCGGUCAGGUUAUCAAAGCCUACGAUCAUAAACUGCAGCUGUAUGUAGCCUUGAAAAUGGUACGCAACGAGAAGCGAUUCCAUCGACAAGCCCAGGAGGAGAUCCGCAUCUUGGAUCAUAUGCGCAAACAAGACAAAGACAAUUCAAUGAAUAUUAUACAUAUGUUUGAAAAUUUUACAUUCCGUAACCAUAUGUGUAUAACAUUUGAACUGUUAUCAGUUAAUCUGUACGAACUGAUCAAGAAGAAUAAGUUCCAAGGAUUUAGUAUACAAUUGGUCCGAAGGUUUGCCUAUUCUAUACUCAGAUGUCUGGAGGCUCUCUAUAACAAUAAGAUAAUACAUUGCGAUCUCAAACCGGAAAAUGUAUUACUCAAACAACAGGGCCGAUCGGGUAUCAAAGUUAUCGAUUUCGGGUCGAGUUGUUUCGAAAAUCAACGGGUCUAUACGUAUAUACAAUCAAGAUUUUAUAGGGCACCCGAAGUAAUACUCGGCGCCAAAUACGGUAUGCCCAUCGAUAUGUGGAGUCUGGGCUGUAUACUAGCCGAACUGGCCACCGGUUAUCCCCUAUUGCCCGGUGAAGACGAAUUCGAUCAGUUAGCCUGUAUUAUCGAAUUGCUGGGAAUGCCUCCGCAGAAACUAUUGGAUCAAUCGAAACGAGUCAAGAAUUUUAUCAGUUCCAAAGGACUGCCCAGAUAUUGUACAUCGACACCACUAUCAGAUGGUUCAGUGGUUGUCAAUGGUGGCCGAUCGCGACGUGGCAAACAUCGCGGACCGCCCGCAUCGAAAGAUUGGUCGCUGGCGCUCAAAGGUUGCGACGACGAAUAUUUCAUUGAUUUCAUUAAGAAAUGUCUCGAAUGGGAUCCAACAAUCCGUAUGACACCCUAUGUAGCUCUAAGACAUUCGUGGCUAACCAGACGCCGACUGCCGCGUCCGCCGCAAAACAGUGAUAACUCGGCGGUCAGCGAAUCCUCACCUAUUCGACUACAUAAUAAUUAUCAUACAAACAACAACAACAACAACAAUAUAAUCAAUAACAACAACAACAUUAGUAAUACUAAUAAUAAUCAUAACAACAACAACAAUAAUAAUAAUACCACCAAUUCGUUGGUCACGAAUGCAUUGACCAGUAGAGUACGGAAAUCGAUGGUCGAUGAGGUACUGCUCGGUGAAAGUGAUGGCACUUAUCUGACCCGUAUUUGGGACCCGAAUAAUAGUGAUACAAAUUUAACAUUGGGUCGCAGCAAAACUGAUCGCAGUUUACGUAAUAAUAAUAAUAAUCUUAAAGAUAAUAGUAGUACCCGUUUAGUCAAUACUAUCAAUAAUAAGUUACACAAAGACAAAGUACGGACCGGUGCUGUUGGUGGCGGCGGCGGCGGUGGUGUUGUUCCCGCCGUAGUCGACGAUCCGAUACAAGUAAACAACCCGGUAGUGACCAGCGCUCAAAAUGGUCGCAACCAAUGGCCAAACGAUGCAUACGUUUCGGUUAUUAGAUUUAAAUGAUGUUUUAAUUGAUUAGCUUAUUAUUAUUAAUAUUAUUAUUAGA